AUGAACAACAUUAUAAUUUUUGCUGGUAGUUCACACCCUACAUUAGUGGAAAAGAUUUGUGAGAAUUUGAGCAUCAAGCCAUCUCAGGUUAAAUUGGGGAAGUUUUCUAACGGCGAGACUUCAAUAGAUAUUGGGGAGUCGGUAAGAGAAAAAGAUGUUUAUGUUAUUCAGAGUGGUUGUGGUCAUGUUAAUGACAAUUUCAUGGAAUUGUUAAUUCUCAUAAAUGCUUGCAAGACUUCUUCUGCGAAUCGUGUUACGGCGGUUAUGCCAUAUUUUUGUUAUUCUAGGCAGCCAGAUAUUCCUUAUACUGCGAAAGGUGCUCCAAUUAUUUCGAAGCCUAAGCAUUCUGCGGUGAAAGAGUCUGGGAAUACUACAGAAAUCGGUUCUGUUUUAACUACGCACAAGCCGGUGUCUCAACGUUCUCGCAAGAGCAUUGAUGUCGCGAUUGAAAAUACUCUAUCUUCUUUGAGUUUGGAUCGUUCUACUCCCAGAAUAUUGAAAAGUGAGGACAACAUCCAGAGGUCGUCAUCUAACUCACGGAUCCCAGUUAUUCCGGAACGCGAUGGAACCUCAUCUUCUGAAGCAGCUGGUGCCUUAUUCAACACGAACAACUCAGGUUAUAAGCUCUGGGUUGCCCAAGCCGGCACGUUAAUCGCGAACCUACUAACUACUGCUGGUGCAGAUCAUGUCAUUACUAUGGAUUUACAUGAUCCCCAGUUCCAAGGGUUCUUCUCCAUAGGAGUAGAUAACUUAUACUGCAAGCCGCUAAUCCAAGCAUAUAUUCAACACCGGAUUCCAGAAUAUAAAGAUGCGGUCAUUGUAAGCCCAGAUAGUGGUGGAGCUAAACGAUCUAGUAAAGUAGCAGACGCCUUGGGUCUGCCGUUUGCGUUAAUUCAUAAAGAGAGGCGCUCUCAAAUAUUGAAAGGUCCUCCUGACGCCACUUUAGCAUCUGGGGGUGGUGUGCCGCUAUCCCCCAAACCUUUGAUUUCAAAUCUAAGCGGAUCUGAAUUGAAGCAUUCAAUGUCUGCUUCUAAGUUUGUUCAAACAACAAUGCUGGUCGGUGACGUCCGUAACAAGGUUUGCAUUCUUUUAGAUGACUUGGUAGACACUUCCUACACUAUAACACGCGCUGCAAGGCUAUUGAAAGAUCAAGGUGCUACCAAGGUGUAUGCAGUCGUGACACAUGGUGUUUUUAGUGGAGAUGCGUUAAACAGAGUGGCGCAGUCUGCUAUAGAUAAAAUUGCAGUCACUAACACUGUUCCACAAGAUGAGACGAUUGCAUUUUUAGGCAAGAACCGUGUGGAUGUAAUUGAUGUUUCUCGUGUGUUUGGCGAAGCAAUUAGACGUAUACACAACGGUGAGUCCAUUAGUAUGCUUUUUGAAUAUGUUACCUAA